AUGCCGGGACUAGAGGAGUUGACAGACCUGGACGCAGAUGCACGCGCGCUACCUUCGACCUGGCGCAGCCUUGCAGAUAUCAGGAAACACGUGUUUAGUCCGGGGUACGUUGUGGAAGAGGAGGCUGGCUGCUGCACCGGUGUGGCAGAGUCUGCCAGGCCACCCCUUGCUGCUGCCAGUGUGGUUCUUUACGGCUUCUUUGCUGAGAGAGCAUGCCGAAAGCGAGGUCGAGGCAAGGAGGCGCGUGUCGCAUGCGCAGGCUGCGAUGACAGCGCUGACAGAGCGCCAGGCAGACACCAGAGGAGCACAGUGCGGCCCAGCUGCUGUAGCGCGACCUUGCGCAGCGCGGUCUUGGCGGUGCUGCACGCCGCCCACGAAUCCAUCGGCAGUCCCGAGGCUGUCAGCCACGGUGACUGUGUGGUGAUUGUGCACGUCACAGCCACGAGAGAAGACUUGAGGCACGCAUCACCCAACACAGCUAGCCGCGCGCCUGUGUGGUUUAUGGACGGGGUGUGCGUAGCAGAAGACAUUCCCCGAGCUUACCGAGCGGUGUGGACGAGCCCAGCGAUUUCAUCCGAGCCACCGGUGCACUCCACCACUGAGAGUACCACCGCGGAUGCUGCUGCCCUGUGCACUUCCGGCGCUUCUUCUUGCACCGCGGCGGCGGAAGGACAGCUGCGGGCGCAGGUGACACGCGUUGGAGACGGUUGGUGCACCGGAACUCCUUUGUGUGGUGUACGGCUCAUGUGGGUGUCACCGGCGUCACGCAGAUGUGGGGUGGGCUAUUCGAUGAUUGAACGUGCCCGGCAUGCCGUGUGCUACGGAUUCGUGGUGCCGGCGGAGCACGUCGCCUUUAGUGAACCCACCGCGAUGGGGAGUGCCUUUGCUCGCCGGUACCAAUCGCGACAAGACUUCCUUGUAUACCAUUACUGA